GCAUCAGAGAGCACGGUCGGGUUUACAUUCAGAAUAAAAUACACGCCGAUUGUAAAAAAUAUAUAAUUAUUCUAUACGAUUUGUGGACGAAGAAAAUAGUUGUUUUUAGUGUGAUCUGUGUGAUGUUUUCAUAAGUGAAGGAAGGUUAUAUCAGAUGGACUGAAAAUGUUAUACAGAUUAAUAAAACAAUGAAGAUCGCAAAAAGUUGUGUGAUAUUGUGUGUUUAUAUCGAACUAAUUCAAUGCAAGUCUAUAGAUAUUGGGAAAAUCAAUGACAGAAAUAACGGGAAGGACGGCAUCGAUAAUAAUAUAAUCGAUUUUGAUGACGAGUAUUCCGUUCAGUACAACAGAAAGUAUGAAAACGAACCGUGGAAGUCAAGCUUUAGGAAAGAUUCCUAUAAAUAUAAUGUUGAAAGACAAGAAUACAAACAAGGAGGUAACAUAGAAAGUGUAUCUGAUGAUGUUACGAGUCGAGAUCCAGUAGUAAUUGAAAAGACAACAGAACUCAGUGUAAUACCGCUAGAACUGUUGAGUACAACAGAAAAUCCUUUGAUAAGUAUCAUGGAAAGUACGACCGAUGCUGACUUAACAGUUAUACCGUUAUCAACAACCGAGAAAAAUACAGUUGAUAUCAUUAUAAAUCAGACUGUAACAUUACCUUCCUACACCGAGAUAUCAGAGGAUUUUAAUACGAGCACAGUGUUUUAUGAAAUGACCACAAGAUCUAUGUUAAAUGAUACAAGUGAAGAUGUUACAAAUAAUAAGCAAUUAGUGACAGAAGCAGCACAAAUCCAAGAAUCUGGUUCGGUUGUUUUCGAUAUCAAGAACGCUAGUGAAAAUUUAUCAAAACCAGAAGUAUCAAAUAUAAAUGACGAUGAUAAAAACGUUAACAAAAUUAAUGAAACUAUGAAAAGAGAAUACGACAGUAUAGAGACAGAUCAAGAUGUACCAAUCUUCACAGAAUUAGACACAGAAGAACUCACAGAGGUCCCAGAAGAUUAUUAUGAUUCCAAAGACGUAGUGCCGACUCCAGCCCCAAAGACUGACGCAAUAUCAUUAAUUUUUGGACUAGCAGGAAGUGUUGUCGAAAGUGUUGUGGAGAGUGUAGCUGAAAGAGUCGUCCCAAGAGGAUUGUAUGAUCUGUUUAAACGUAUGCAAAAACAAAGUGAGGCCUUGGAAGCUGAAAAACUGAGAAGCAGAGAAGAAAAUGGAGGCAUAGGCCAGUUUACCCGAGGAGUUAUAAAGACUAUAUCGUCUGGUCUGAGCAAGCCCCUCAGCCAACUGAUGGCAGGAGUUCGAGAUAUAGGUUCAUUGGACAGCGAUCGUGGCUUCGUCAGCAGCUUGGCGUCCGGCGUGGCCAGUGGAGUGACCAGCGUGGCUAACGUCGCCAACUCGAUGGUUGACGUGUUUAAGGACAGGGUUCAGGCGAUUUAUCCAGGAACAUUGUGGUGUGGCGACGGACGUUCCGCGCGUUCUGGAGAGCUUGGCUUGUUUUUCUUCACCGACACCUGCUGCCGCCAACAUGACGCCUGCAAGCUGUAUAUCGCUGCUGGAGAGACCAAGUUCGGUUUGACAAACACCGGAUUAUUUACCAGAUCUCACUGCAGCUGUGACGCAAAAUUCCGGUCUUGUCUUAGCCAGACGAAUUCCCUGGUGUCAGCUCAGAUCGGUUUGACGUACUUCAACGUCCUCGGACCGCAGUGCUUCAGAAAAACUCAUCCCAUUGUUAAAUGUGUGCGACGGACGAGGAUAACUGGUCUCAAAUGCGAAGAAUACGAACUUGAUUACACCAAACCGAAACUUUGGCAGUGGUUUGACAACGAAACGUUUUGAGGGAAGAAUAUUUUUGUAGAGGUUUUAAUUAAUUAUAAUUUAUUAUUCAGUUAGUAAGUGAACUAACGCAGAUGUGUAUUUAAUAUGACCUAGAUUGUAUGUAUACUCAGCCUUAUGUACAUUGUUCUGUAUGUAAAAAUACAAAUUGGAAAUAUAUUUCUUAUGGUAUUUAUUUAAAUUAACUAACAUUAAUAAAUAACGUGAUGUUAUAAUGAAACUUCAAUUUAUAUAAGAAACAUCAGAAUAUAUUUCAAAAUGUUACACAUUAAAUCAAUACAAUAAAAUUAAGGACAUAACUCACGCUAGAACUGUCAAUCGUAUGACAGGAUUUUGACAGUAAUACUUUUUUAUUUCAAUAAAUAGAAGUGAGACAAAAAUAUAUCUAUCUCUUUCCGCCGUUUUAAUGUACCGUUUCAUGGUAUCCGGCCUUCAUGGUGUUACAAAAGUAUAUCCAUUGUAAUUGUAGCUAUUGAAAAUAACCGCGGCUAUGGCUGAGAGAUAGGUAUAGAUUUCCACACUAUAUAGAUAUUGUUAUUCUCGCGAACAUUCUAUCAUAAAUAUAAAUGCAUAGGUCCUUCUAAAUGAGAUAUUAUCUGUCAAAAAUAAGCUGGCUACUAUAUAACGUUGUGCGCAAAAAUGUAUCCCAAAAAUGUGUAAAUAGAUAUGUCUACUUUAACGAGGAGUGUGCAGUCAUUUGAUUGUAAUAAAUAAACUAAUAAUUAAAACGA